AUGUGGUCACAUGAAGAAUUAGUGAGCUGUGUGGGUUGGACAACAGCAGAAGAGCUCUAUUCUUGUAGCGAUGACCACCAGAUCAUGAAGUGGAACCUAUUAACCAGUGAGACGACCCAGAUAGUGAAGCUUCCUGAUGAGAUUUACCCGAUCGAUCUUCACUGGUUUCCCAAAAGUGUUGGCAUCAAGAAACAGACACAAGCAGAGAGCUUUGUCCUCACAAGUUCUGAUGGUAAAUUUCACUUGAUUUCUAAAUUAGGAAGAGUAGAAAAGAGUGUAGAAGCUCAUUGUGGAGCAGUGCUUGCUGGAAAAUGGAAUUAUGAAGGAACAGCAUUGGUUACAGUUGGAGAAGAUGGACAAAUCAAAAUUUGGUCAAAGACUGGGAUGCUAAGAUCAACAUUAGCUCAGCAAGGCUCGCCAGUGUAUUCAGUGGCAUGGGGCCCUGAUUCUGAAAAGGUGCUCUAUACCGCAGGCAAGCAGCUGGUCAUCAAACCACUCCAACCAAACGCCAAAGUUUUACAGUGGAAGGCUCAUGAUGGCAUCAUUCUAAAAGUAGACUGGAAUUCAGUGAAUGAUUUGAUCUUAUCUGCUGGUGAAGACUGUAAAUAUAAGGUGUGGGAUAGUUAUGGUCGUCUUCUAUACAAUUCCCAACCUCAUGAGCAUCCUAUCACCUCUGUUGCCUGGGCUCCAGGUGGAGAACUAUUUGCCGUUGGAUCAUUUCACACUUUGCGUUUAUGUGAUAAAACAGGGUGGUCAUAUGCUCUGGAGAAGCCCAACACUGGCAGCAUAUUCAACAUCGCAUGGUCAGUGGAUGGCACGCAGAUUGCCGGUGCCUGUGGAAACGGACACGUGGUCUUUGCUCAUGUGGUGGAGCAGCGCUGGGAGUGGAAGAAUUUUCAAGUGACACUCACUAAAAGAAGGACUAUGCAGGUCCGUAAUGUACUUAAUGAUGCAGUGGAUUUGCUGGAAUUCCGGGACCGAGUGAUCAAAGCCUCUUUGAACUAUGCGCAUUUGGUGGUUUCCACAUCCCUUCAGUGCUAUGUGUUCUCUACAAAGAACUGGAAUACACCACUUAUAUUUGAUCUCAAAGAAGGAACUGUUAGCUUGAUUCUGCAGGCUGAAAGACAUUUUCUUCUGGUAGAUGGUGGUGGUAUUUACUUAUAUUCUUAUGAAGGGCGCUUCAUUUCUUCUCCAAAAUUUCCUGGAAUGAGAACAGAUAUUCUGAAUGCACAGACAGUGUCUCUUAGUAAUGAUACCAUAGCAAUAAAAGAUAAAACUGAUGAAAAAGUAAUCUACCUGUUUGAGACAUCCACAGGAAAGCCAUUGGGUGAUGGCAAACUUCUUUCUCACAAGAAUGAGAUUUUGGAAAUUGCUCUGGAUCAAAAAGGACUUACCAAUGAUAGAAAAAUUGCUUUCAUUGACAAAAAUAGAGACCUCUAUAUUACAUCAGUAAAACGAUUUGGGAAGGAAGAACAAAUUAUCAAACUUGGAACAAUGGUGCAUACUUUGGCGUGGAGUGAUGCAUGUAAUAUUCUCUGUGGACUUCAGGACACUCGAUUUACAAUAUGGUAUUACCCCAAUACAGUUUAUGUGGACAAAGACAUUCUGCCUAAAACCCUGUAUGAAAAGGAUGCGAGUGAAUUUAGUAAAAACCCCCACAUUGUGAGUUUCAUUGGAAAUCAGGUUACCAUCAGGCGAGCUGAUGGCUCUCUCAUCCACAUCAGUAUCCCCCCGUACCCUGCUAUUCUACAUGAGUACGUGAGCAGCUCCAAGUGGGAGGACGCCGUGAGGCUUUGCCGCUUUGUCAAGGAGCAAACAAUGUGGGCUUGUCUUGCAGCUAUGGCAGUCGCGAAUCGUGAUAUGACUACAGCAGAAGUAGCUUAUGCAGCCAUUGGUGAGAUUGAUAAAGUUCAAUACAUUAAUUCUAUAAAAGAUCUUCCAUCCAAAGAAUCAAAAAUGGCCCACAUAUUAAUGUUCAGUGGGAACAUGCAAGAGGCUGAAAUUGUGCUUCUUCAAGCUGGCCUUGUUUACCAAGCGAUCCAGAUCAAUAUUAACCUCUACAACUGGGAAAGAGCACUCGAACUGGCUGUGAAAUAUAAAACACACGUCGAUACAGUUCUUGCUUACCGUCAGAAGUUUUUGGAGACAUUCAGCAAACAAGAAACAAAUAAACGAUAUCUCCAGUAUGCAGAAGGUAUCCAAAUCGACUGGGAGAAUAUCAAAGCCAAAAUGGAACUUGAAGUCAUUAAAGAGCAGGAACGUGCAGCCAGCAGCCAGACCAAGAACUUGGGUCUGAAACCCUAAGCACCAGGCUUACCUUUAGGAAGCUUGGCCCCAUUUCUCUCCAAAGGGAUUCAUUCGCCUUCACGUUUCUGUUGCAAAGGGAAAAGCAGAAUCUUUGUAUCAGCACUUACCAGGUAUUUAAUCCUGAGUGCAUCAAGAAAGAUUAAGCACAAAAUACUUGGGGGUUCAGGACAGUGCUGGAAAUGCAGCCCAAGAGCCUCACACAAGCAAGGUGAGCAACCACCCACUGAACCCAUCCUCUGUCUUAUAACUGAUGUAAUUUUGUAUUUUUCUAGACCAGGAUAGCAAAGUAUUCCCAUGUAUGUAUGAAAUUUAUAACCUCCUUAUAUCCCCAGUUUUUAUGUCGUCUGACCCCAGACUCUUUAGAAUGGAUGUUAGCACACCUGUUCACUUGGCCUCUACAGAGAGAGUGACCUGAACGCAAGAGACAGUUUAUGUAGGAACACAGCCCCAAGUCCUGUUCUGCAGCAUUCCUAGUGGUUCUCCCGAUGUG